AGGAUAGAAACAGCUAACACAGAGCAUUAAUUAAUUUAUAAUAAUUAUAUAAUUAUGCAUUAAUGCAAUUAUUAAAAGCAAAGCUUCAUGCUGGAACUCUGUUGGAUGAAACCAUGGGAGUGAGCAAUGGAUCGGCUCUGCUGGAGGAGGAACAGCAACAGGAAACAGUUACGGACAAAAGCUGGUUGAGUCGGGACAGACAGCUGGCUCAUUACUUCUCUCUGCUCUGCUUUCUGCUCGUCUUCAUCACUCUGCUCCAGACUCUCUGCUUGGUUCAGAUCACCAUGGUGUUCCAGUCACAGUCAACCCUGCAGGAAACCAAACUGAAGGAUCUGACACACAGACUGGAGAAGCUCAACCAGUCAUACCGCCUCCUGUUCUCCCAGUAUCCAGCUCUGAACCAGUACUGCCCAGUCAGCAACUCCACCACCGGUGAGAGGGUGUGCAGCCCAUGUCCAGCCGGCUGGACGCCUCAGGGAGAGAAAUGUUUCCUGUUCAGUCAGGACAGAGCCGACUGGAUCAGCAGCCAGUACCGCUGCAUGGCACUGGGGGCCGCUGUGGCCACGGUCAGGACAGAGGAGGAGCAGGUGUUUCUGUGGCAAAAGGCCCAGAGUCUGAGCCAGGGAGAUUCGUACUGGCUGGGCCUCAGGAGGAGUGACGGCUCCCCGGUGGAGAAGGGACCAGGGUUUUGGGAGAGUGAGCCCGAUAAAACAGACAGCGGGGGGGAGCUGUGUGGUCGACUCCCCCCAGGAGACGACUACAGGAAGAGCUGGUUCACCUACAGGUGCUCCAACCUGUUAAGGAGCAUCUGUGAGAGGAGACGAGCUGCUCUACAGUGAGAGGAGAGGAGAGAGGAGAGGAGACCAGGAGACCAGAGGAGAGGAGGGGAGAGGAGGGGAGAGAGGAGAGGAGAGGAGAGUAGAGAGGGGGGAGGAGAGGAGAGGAGACCGAAAGAAAGGAGACAAGAAAGGAGGAGAAGAAAGGAAACUAAACUAAUAACAAUGAAGCAAGACAAAACCAGAUUAGUAAGAAACACUUCAGAAACAGCUGAUAUAAGCAUUAUGUGCGGUUGUUUUAAAUGUAUGAGCUAUUCUAAUAUUAAUAAUAAUAAAAUACAAAACUCACUAAAA